UAAGGUUGCGUGGUUUUCCCAAAGGUUAAAGCCCAGAAAGCUGGCCCCUUAGGGCGCAGUUCUUAUUGUCGUCCCUUAGGCUCCACGGGAUAAAGGACAGUGUACCCAACCAUCGCAAAAGCGCACGCCGGGCGCGUGGCCCAACUUCUAUUAGGGCUACUUGGCCAUCAACCCUUAUGACAUCUUACACCGCAGCACCCGCUGAGGGCACCGAGGCCGGCGAGGCCCCGCAGCUCGCUGCUUACAAUCAGGCAGCUGGCCUCAUCUCGUCACUUACUAGUGCAAGCCAUCACCCCCAGAGCAUCGGCGCCAACAGCUAUUCUCCGUCCCUCGAUUUGCUCACCCAACACGGUAUACAGGUGCCUUUAGGUUCUGGGCAACCUCAGGCACAACAGCAGGCCCAGCAAGGCCCGUCGGGCGGUUUGGCGUUCAGCAGCUUGGGUCUGAGGCCCGCCGGCCCAUUCAGCGCCUCUGUUUCUGACGCGGGUCGAAAAGCUGAGACCGGCGAGAAGCAGCUAUGCACAUUUUUCCUAAGAACCGGCACUUGUGCUUAUGGAGAUCGCUGCAAGUUCAAGCACCCUCUUGACCGCCCUCCACCCCAACUCAAUAGCCGAGGCUACCCGGUCCGCGCCGAGGAGCCCGACUGCGCGCAUUACCUCAAGAAGGGCUGGUGUGCAUUUGGUCCCACUUGCAAGUUCAACCACCCGGAGAUCCAGCCCUCCAUUCUCAACUCCUACAGUCUCAGCCAGCCCGCCGCGACCUAUGUCGGCCUGCCGACUACCACCUUCCCGACGACCACCGUCUACUCCGUCCCGCCCGCCAUGCCCACGCUCUACUACAUCCCGCCCGGCAUCACGCCCGGCCAGCUCGGCGGCAGCACCGUCAGCCUGCUGCCCUCAAACGUGGGCACCGUUACCGCGUCUCAGGCAAGCCAGCUGGCUUUCCAACAGCAGGCCGCGGCGCUUGCGGGUGCAGCCCCCGCGCAGCUCUACCGCCAGCCAGCCGGUGCGAGCCCCUACGGCCCCAUGGGGGCUGCCAUGGGGGCCGGCAUGGGAGGCGCCAUGGCUGGCGGCAUGGGCAACAGUGUGACAGCGCUUGAGGCGGCCUUUCAGAGCAUGGCGCUGGGACGGGCCGGCGGUCUGGGACGAGGCAAGUAACGGAUGCGAUGGAUGGAGGGAACGGUUGGUGAAAGAGAACGGACGGCGCGGGUGGCGUUUAUGGCAGUGCGUUUUCCACGUCCAUGCAACAAGAUCUUGAUGCUUAUGCGGUUUUGGCUAGCUCGCUUAAAAGAACUAUCGCUCCUACGGUACCGGUACGCUUUGUUGCCGGCGUCUGGCGCGACCCUUCGCUGCGCAUUCGAAGCACUGUUGGCAUUUUUUGGCAGUUGUCAGGGCUGCAAGUGACGCACGCAAUCCAGCAAGUGGGAUGCUUCACAUCAUCUAGAUUCUCGCAACCCGUGUGGCGCAUGACGACUGUGAUGACAACAACAGCAUCUGUGCCUGACAUUGGUGAGCGUUGAUGCACGGCAGCAGCUCUCGACUCAUGCCGGCCUCGUGGAGAUGAGAUUCCAAAAAAUAAUUCAAAGCUGGUUGCUCGGAGGGCCUUGCGAUGUUGUGAUCAUGAUAUGCAGUUAUUGAUGGAUGAGGAAUUGAGGAUGGAAUGGCUAAAUGGACUUCUCUGCGGUUGCUUGCAUGGCUUAUCCUUGUGCGUGAGCCCCUUAUGGGCGUAUACUGAUAAAACCGAUUUGAGAUAAGUUUGCAGGUGCUGCUUGGUGAUCCAUUCGCGGGAAGGGGCUACACCCUCCGAACUUCGUUAGGUUCCCUUCCCACGCGGGCAAGCACGUUAAUCGGUCUCUUGCCGCGCGAGUGCGUCUCCCCCGUGUGCAUGGAAUGCUUGCCCGUCUUACGGUGCACUUUAGGAUUUCCCUUGGCUUGAUUUGUUGGUAGCUUUCGCGUUGUGAUUAGAUCAUAAUUUGGGACAUUUUCCGGCAUCUUUUGAACUCGCCUUUGAUAUGUCCCCUCUUCUCCGCUGCUUAAAAGGAGCAGGAGGGCAGCAACAGAUAGAAAGGCAGGUCAGCCGCGCGAUGUGACAUGCGGGUCUGAGUGUGUGUAGGGAGCGACAUAUGGCAAGUACUCCAACUGUGAACUGACAUGAUGUAGUGACCUGAGCCGGCGGCGGUUGCGAUGAGUUGCGUACACCCUGCGUGCUGCUACGCACGGGGCGUGUGUGGAGGAAUUGCGCACGUGUGGUUGUCAAGCGGUUGAUCCCCUCGCAUGUAGGUCUUUUGCGGGGGUCUUCUGCGAUGCGGAGAUGGCGGUUACGUGCCGAUAGCGCUGUUGCAAGUCAGGAUUGAUGUUGCCCGACCAGCAGCGUUGAGUUGUGGGGAAGACGCAGGUGGUGUUGUCGGUUACUGGUUGGCGCGGUACCGCAUUUCCGCGGUGCGUUGCAGCCCUGGCAGCGGCAGUCCUUCCACUGCCGGUGCUGUGAGCAUCAUCACGGCACUUUGAGGUGGCAUUACUUGGCCCUAGGAAGGUGCAGAGCCUUGCGCAAGCCUUCUUGGCUAUUUUGGAGGUGUGCUGCUGUGGACUUCUGGGUUGGGUUUACUAUGUGUAUUAGCCGCCUGGUGGUGUGAACGCACGCGACAGGUGUUGCUUGUUUCGCUUCCUUGGUGGUUUUCAGGGCGGCUUUGAUCCAUAGGACAGAAAGUGUUGUUGAGUUUGCAUUCUGCAGGGGAGCGGCUGUGAACAGUGGCAAAGUUUAUGUGGCAAAAAUAAAUGUUGACAGUCAGUCUUCAAGCAGCAAAGUGAUUUCUAAAUCAUAAACCCAUCGCGAUUUCAUUCGUUGUGGCUUCCGUGACGUUGUGAAUCAUGACUACUCCGUUUGGAAUGUGUUGAAUCACGUUUUACCUGAGCCUGCUGGUGGUUGGUUACUCUGCGAUGCUGGUCUUGUAGCAAGGACGUUCAAACCGGAUUGUGGUGUGGGUUUGGGUUGGGAAGCCUUUCGUGCGAAGAAGGAUCGCUGAUCAUGCACACUGCGUCCGUUCCUGUGCUACUUUGGUACUUAGAUGGAGGAGGUAAAUUCGUUGUUGGAGUGUGUGGACCGUCCAGACCCGCAGAUUCCCGUGCGCUGGAAUUGUCGAGGCGUUGCGCUGAAACUUGGUCCAGGAAGGUAUCGACGCCUUUGCUCACACCACCAGAUGGCGGUUUGCGGCGACAACGCCAGCUGCGACGUAUUGCAGCCCACGUGUGGGCAUGUCGUUCCGAUGUCAAGCCUGCAUGAAGCUGACACCUUUACACAAGUCCUG